AUGAAUUCAAUGUUUUUGCGGACAGUAUUCAUCUUCAUGAUUUUUCUGUAUUGCUUCCAGUUUUGCCUGUGUACGAAUUGCGCGAACUUUCCUUAUCACCCUUUAUGUCGAGGUACAAUGAAAAGGACAUUCAAUCCAGAUGAAUUUUCAAACCUAUACGUUCGGUCUCGUCCUAUGUAUGAUGAUUCGCAUAAUGACUGCUCUAUCGGUGCAAACUGCAAACCAAAGAUCAAAUAUUUGUUCGUGCUUCUCAAUGACGUUACUUGA